CGGUGACUGGACGCAUGCGCGUGGUUGGUUAAGAUGGCGGUGACUAAGUUGGUACAGUGGGUUGUCGUUUUGGGCUUGUUUCUUGGUUUGUGGUGCGGUGCUGUUACGGAAACGUUUCCUGUUGCGUUGUCGAGUCAAAUUAGAGAUGUUUUAGUUGCGCUUCCUGUGUAUCUUCUCGUUGCGUUUGGGUGUUUCUCUUUGGCGUACAUUGGACAUAAACUUAUUGUAUUCAAUGAUUGUGUCGAAGCAUCUGAAAGUCUAGCGAAAGAGGUGCAAGAAGCAAGAGAAGAUCUGGCAGCAAAAGGCUUCAAGUUCAGUUGACAAACAAACGUUGGUUCUAACUGCAGUAGCUACUGCCAGAUUUCCUAACAUUAUUUUAAUACAGUACGUACUAUUUGAUGAUAACAA